UUCCAUUCCUCUCGUUCCCUUCACUAUUUUCUUCUCCUCCUUUUCAUUUAUCACUUUUUUUCAUGCUUAUAAAGUCGAUGCUAUGUAAGCCAAUAAUCCGAUGUACCAGGAAUCGGUCACUGGAUACCAGAAACACGCGGCCUUCUAAUACGACUGCCAAAUCAACUCAAAUCUCUCUUACAAUUAUAUAUUUCUCUGCCUUCAAGCCUUAUAUUCGAACGCUGCAUGUUCGCAAACGAAAGAGGCCUCAUCUUUUCAAGUUGCAGAGGACAAUGAUGGAGAGCGGCACAGAUAUGAUGGUUUCUGAGCUGUACCAAAUCCAUGAGCUAGCGAGGAAGCUCAACGAGAACCUUGAACUUUCGCAUUAUGAAAUCUGCAGAUCACUUGCAAAAGAGAUCAUCUGCGCUAUCGAGAAGACUAUCUGCACGGCCAAGUCUAGUAGCACUGGUGAAACAGAGUUAGCCUUUUUCAAUGGCAGAGAAUUUCAUGUGGAUAGAUUGAACAAGGAAUUCAGUACUGAUAACGAGCCGAAGAAAUCCAAGAAGAGGAAGAUAAUGGCCACCGGGACCAGCCAAGUGAGGGUGAGCUCCGAUCCAGGAGCUGAUAUGCCACCAGAUGAUGGCCAUAGCUGGAGAAAAUACGGCCAGAAAGAUAUCCUUGGAGCAAAACAUCCUAGAUCUUACUACCGCUGCACUCACCGCAAGACUCAGGGAUGCGCGGCCAUGAAACAAGUGCAGAAAACGGAUGAAAACUCCUCAAUAUUUGACAUUACCUACCUGGGAACUCAUACUUGUUUCAUUUCGCCGCAGCAUAUUGCAUCAAAAACUAGCUAUUAUAACCCACAACAGAGCUUACUUGAUCAACAGAAUAGUUUGGUUCUGCAUCUUGGCUUCGAAACCAACCUCAAAUUAAAGACCGAAAGCUCGGACUUGAAUAAAGAUCCGACCUCUUCAUUUUCCUUCCCCUCAACCCCAAUCGAAGGAAUGAAUUCGGAAAAUGUCUUGUUCUGCUCUUCUCAACGCACAGAGUGCUGUUAUGGGGUAAAUCUCUCUUCAGCGCUUAUGUCACCAACAAGCUAUGAAUCGAACUGCUUCACAUGGCCUUCAUGUGAAAUGAGCAGCGAAGUGGAUUACGCACUAACUGAAAUAAUCUCAGCAUCAAAUUCAGUGGCAGAUUUGCCGGUUAUGGAUGUCGAGUUCAUGCGGGACUACGAAGAAAUGGAUGCUGAGAUCCUCUUUGACACGUCCAUCUUCUUCGAGUAAGGAAAUGGACUAGUUUUUAGCCUGCUAGAUUAAAAAACCUGGCCUGUGAGAAAACUGAGAGGAUUGCUGGACCAGAUCAUGGAAAAUAAAUAAUUAUCCUGCUCGUCUUCAAAUAUCCUCCGUCCACGGCUAGAGUAAUUUUAAUUUCAGCAUUGAAUGUUCGCUUUCUUGUAUUGGAACUACUUUAAGCGCAACUAUUAACAAUUUCACUUCAUUUUCGCCA